AUGCUCACCAUACAAGCACUCUCAAUCAUCCUUGGCUGGUUGGCAUUACACGACCUCCCCGGCGUCGCCGCUCUCCCGGGUGCCUCCACAAUUCGACAUGUCUCCAGCAACAUCGACACCACCGAACCAAUUGCCAAUGGUCCCUACGCUGUCUCAGUCCCCGAUCGCCUCCGGAUCCUUGAGCCCUUCCACAUCGAACUCCCCAAAGACCGUGAAGACCAAAAUGAAGGCGCCGCUCUCGUUGAAGCCUAUUCAGCCAGCCCCGACUACGCUCGAUUGUCCGAUAUAUACAACUACCCUGCCUCUGCUUCCGCCGACCUCUGCGCGGUCUUGAAUGAUGAUACAACUCCUGGAGUUGAAGCUGAAGGGACGACUCAAAAUCCUCCGUUUCGAACUGUUACUUUGACCAACACCUUUACCAUGACUGAGACCAACACUCUAAUCAACACUCGGACCGCAACCUUAACUGCCACUGCCACCUUAACCGCCACUGCGACUGCCAUCAUCCCUUCCUAA